AUGGCGACAAUAAGAAUUUACGAGGACCAAGAAAAUCGAAUUGCCGAGACAAAACGCAAUAAAGAUAGUAGUCUAGGACUCAAGGAUCACAAUCAACAAGGUCAGCCGGGGUUACAACAUCAAAAACGUGCUGUUUUGGGCGUCCUUCAUAACAACUGUCAUAGGAACAAACCUGAAAUCACAAAAGAUGACAAAUACACAAAAGCAAAAGCUUACAUCCCGCCACAACUGGAAUACAAAGUAUUUGAGGAUAAGCGCGAUGCGCCAUUCAAGAUCUACGAAGAAAAAGUUGAAGAAAAGCAGCAUCAGCACCAACAAAAGACGGUGGUGUUCCGAGAUCAUGAUACUCAGGUGCAAGUAAACCGCGUGACCGAGAUAACGUCAUCGAGCACAUCAACAGUCUCGAUAAAAGACAAUGAACGUCGUCCAGUAUUGGAAGUUAACCCAGUCAGUAUUGUCUCAACGUAUCGCACAGUUCUCCAGGAGAUACCAGACCCCACGAUCGAGCUGUGUAAACGCACUGAUGAGUAUCAUCAUCCAGGCAGCCCGAUGUCCCUGGACAAAUCAAUAGCUUCGAUGAUGUCUAUCGAGUCAGCUAAAAAAGAAUUGAGGAAUAACAAACGCGAUGGUGUAAAGACACUUAAGAAUAAUUUCUAUGAUGUUGAUGAAUAUCGAGCGGAUAUUUACAAUUACUUGCGCAUUGCUGAGACUCACCAUCGACCGAAACCUGGCUAUAUGAAAAAACAACCCGACAUCACCUACGCAAUGCGUUCAAUUCUCGUCGACUGGUUGGUCGAGGUAGCUGAAGAGUAUCGCUUACAGUCAGAAACUCUCUACUUGGCUGUGUCCUACAUUGACCGUUUUUUAUCCUACAUGUCGGUUGUUCGUGCUAAACUCCAAUUAGUCGGUACAGCAGCCAUGUUCAUUGCUGCAAAAUACGAAGAAAUUUACCCACCAGAUGUUGGUGAAUUUGUUUACAUUACUGAUGAUACGUAUACAAAAAAACAGGUCCUCAGAAUGGAGCACUUGAUACUCAGGGUUCUGUCUUUUGAUUUAACUUACUUAUGUGAAUUAUCAAUGUUGGAAGCAGACCCGUAUUUACAAUUUUUACCAAGUCACCUUGCGUCUUCAGCAGUAGCAGUUGCACGUCACACACUCCAAGAAGAAGCAUGGCCGCAUGAAUUAGAAUUAUCAACAGGCUACAAUUUGAACGAUCUAAAAAAAUGUAUCAAGUACUUAACCGACACAUUUAGUAACGCUCCAAAUAUCGAGCAGCAAGCCAUACAAGAAAAAUACAAAAGCAGUAAAUACGCGCACGUUGCAUUACUCUUACCACGUUCCACAGAGGUAUUAGCGUACGAUGAUGAUGAUUCUGAAAGCGCUUGA